GCACCAUCCAUUUUGCAACCCAGACCCCAGGGCAAGAUGGAAGAAGACAGAGCAACCACGAAUCCGGGCUUCAUAGCAGAAGAUGGAAUAAAUGAAGAGCCCAUUGCUACCCCGAAGCACCCAAAGCGGCGUUUUGUAGGCAGGAAGACUGUUGCGAAGGUGGCGGGGAAGCAAGGAGACCCGAAUGCAAAUAUCGAGGACAGCAGCGCAAUACAAGUGGCCCAACCUCGUCGAACGGCCCGCACCUUGAACAACAUCUCCGAAUCCAUCCUCAAUGAUAAAGACAUCAAUGAGGCUAUCGCGCUCCUUCCCUCGAAUUACAACUUCGAGGUCCAUAAAUGCAUACACCGAAUCCGGAAAUCCGGGGCUAAGAACAUUGCUCUGCAGUUUCCCGAGGGUCUUCUACUAUUUGCGACCACCAUCUCAGACAUCUUGACGCAGUUCUGCCCAGGGACGUCAACGCUGAUAAUGGGAGACGUGACGUACGGAGCUUGCUGUAUCGACGACUUUACGGCUCGCGCACUGGGCUGUGAUCUCUUAAUCCACUAUGCACAUAGCUGUCUGAUCCCUGUGGCCGUCACAAAGAUAGUCACGUUAUAUAUAUUCGUCUCCAUCACCAUUGACAUUGAGCACCUCCUAAAUACCAUCACCCAGAACUUCCCCGUCGGGAAGACCAUCGCUCUAGUUGGGACCAUUCAGUUCAACGCCACAAUCCACGGCAUCGUCCCCAUCCUUAGACGGGAAGGCUACAAUCCCAUUGUGCCACAAAUCGCACCCUUAUCAAAAGGAGAAAUACUGGGCUGCACAUCACCUUCCAUGUCUAUCAAGCCCGGUCAACUGGACUCCAAGGGGCGAGAGGAGGUAGUACCAGAUUUGCUCCUAUAUCUCGGCGAUGGAAGAUUCCAUCUAGAAAGCGCGAUGAUCGCAAAUCCCUCUCUUUCAGCUUACCGCUACGACCCUUACUCGCGACGCUUAACCCACGAGACCUACGCUCAUAAUUCACUAUACGACCUUCGCCGAACUGCCAUUCUAACAGCUCGCGAAGCGCGCACCUGGGGCAUCAUCCUCGGAUCGUUAGGUCGUCAAGGGAACCCACACACUCUGACGCUGAUCGAAAACGAGCUCAAGCGCCAAGGCAUUAAUUCCAUCAAUCUCCUCCUAUCAGAGAUUUUCCCGGGCAAACUAUCAAUGAUGUCUGAUGUCGAGGCAUGGGUACAAAUAGCGUGUCCAAGAUUAAGCAUCGAUUGGGGCUAUGCGUUCCCAAGACCGUUGUUGAGUCCCUACGAGGCUCUUGUUGCGCUUGGGGUCAGAAGUGCUCCCUGGUUGGAUGAACAAGGUGGUGAGAACGAAAUGAAUAAGAACAGGGAGGGAGGGAACUUGUAUCCGAUGGACUUCUAUGCCAAAGAAGGCUUAGGGCGGACUACUAUUGAUCAUAUUAAAGCCGAUGCAGUACAAAUUGAGGACUGAUAAGAGUUGGCUGUAUCUUGCAUGGAGGGGCGUUUGGCGGUGCAUUUGCAGGCGCAAGGCCUGCCCCAAACGAUCUAUUAGGCAUUAUUGCGCUUCUUCACAGAGGCUAGUUGGCUGAGUAAUUAGACAAAAGGAAUAGGUAAAUACUCU